AACUGUUCCCUGCCUUCAUGCGGAGCCAUGGUAUCAACUUGAAGAACUGAAGUUCUGUAACGUAUUGGAGGCGAGAUUAUGUUCCGAGUGGUGAGUGAACAGAGAUCUCUAGUGGUCGGGUGACAAGCUGCAUCGGUGGAAAAACCUCCAGUACAUAAUCUUCUUAUUUUCAUAUGGACCAGACCAGGGCCAUGUCAUGUCAACAUCUAUUAUUUACAGGGGUUUUUCAUGGAGACUGAUGCAUCCCGUUAUUCUCCCCGGGAACGAAAUCAAUCGAAUAACUUUUCGAUGUCAGCAAAUCCCCGUCCUCUGACAGCGUCUGUAGACUAGACGAAAGUCACACGGGUCAUAUCUUCUUACUUGACUAGAUGUGAAAGUGUUGAAUGUGAUCCCAUUUGCAACGAUGCGCCUGAAGAGAGCUGAAGUAAUUGUUGCGUCUCGCAUCCUAAAGAUGUAUUACGGAGUAACCGGUCAUGGAUAGCUGAUAUUGGUGGUCAUCUGGCACUUGCUUCUAUAGAUAACUCGGUGGUCGGCGCUCAGCCUACGGGCUGCAUUCCUCGUAGCAGCGAGACGUAUAGUCAGCGACAUGGACUCGAUAUAUAUGGGAAAACAGCGUCUCCCGAUAGUAUAUAUAAGCCCAUAACGAGCCUACGUAUGUAAGUCCCCAGUCAACUCAACUCGCUCAUCGUUGCUCCCACACACGCCGCAUUGGUUGGAAGCACCCUGUAACAGCAUGCCACAAAACCUACCUGUUGUGAAAGCCGACUUGUCGGGCAAGACCGUGGUUAUCGUUGGCUCCAACACUGGAAUCGGUUUUGAAGCGGCGAAGCAUUUUGCAAGGAUGAACCCCGCACGGGUGAUCUGUACCUGUCGCAGUCAAGAAAAGGCAGAAACUACCAUCUCAGAAAUCGCAAGGGAGACUGGGUAUACGAAGGCGGAGGGUUGGGUCCUCGAGCUUUCAGAUUUCAGCUCAGUCAUUGCAUUUGCCGAGCGGUUCGAAAAUGAGUCAGUGCCCCUCGACAUCCUCGUGUGCAAUGCUGCCAUAGCCUUGCCGCAUUUUCAGAAGACUAUUGAUGGUUGGGAAACAGUAUUGCAAGUAAAUCAUUUGUCACUUGCCCUGUUGUCCCUUUUGCUGCUGCCGACUCUUGCUCGAACCGCCCAAACAUCAUCCGGCUUAUCUCGCCUAGUCAUAGUCUCUAGUGAUACCCAUGCAUGGACCACUUUUGAUAAGGACAGGAUUCCUGGUUCAGUUCUGGAGACUUUGAAUGACGUGAGUUUCUUUGAUGCUCAAGCCGGAAAGAGCUACAGCGAUACCAAACUUCUCAACGUAUUAUUCACUCGAACGCUUGCGAAUCAUCUCUCUCCAACUGCUCAUGUCCUCGUCGACACAGUAAAUCCUGGCUUCUGUCUAUCCGAUCUCAGGCGCAAUAUCGAGGAUCGCGGUCAAUGGGAUGACUUCAUGGCUCAUGCUAGGACUUCGGAAGAAGGAAGCCGUCAGUUGAUUUGGGCUGCCCUUGGACCUCAAGGCGCAGGUGAGAAGGAACCGAAGGAGCUACACGGAGGCUACAUCUCUGAUAACCAGCUGACUCUGCCGAGCCCAUGGGUCCGAAGUGAACCUGGUCGCAGGGUCCAGGAGGAAGUAUGGAUGGAAACGUUGAAAGCGGUAUCUAAUGCAGCUCCUAAGGUCGAAAAUGUUGUCUCCGAAUAUAUUAGGGCUUCAGGAUAUUCUUAGGACGUUGUUGAGUCACACCUGAAACUUCAUAUGAAUUGUAUAUGAUUGAUGGGAUAGUUCCACUCAGCAGUUUCGUUUUAUGAAUGGGACUGACGAUGCAAUC